AUGAAGGGCAAACUCUAUCUGGCUUCUCAAGUAGCGGAUACUUCUGUUCCUGCUGCUUUGUCUCCAUUCUCCCACGUUCCCACGACCUUUGCCGCAGAAUGUCCCGGCCGCAAUGCCCGUCUCCCUUUGGACGGGGCCUACAUGGGGCCCUACAUGAUUGGUGCCGCCACUGAGGAGGCGUCCACUUGCUGCCGCUGCUGCGUCCCUGUCGUCCCUGUCACCCUGUGGUGCUUCUGGCAAGGCACCAGGGCUUUGCCAUUUGCCAGACGCCAUCGCUUGCCUCCACCUGCUGUCAAUGCUGCACCCCACCGUGUCAAUAACUGCCAUGAACUCGUCCGCACGGAGGACGACCGCAAGUCUCCUGAACCGCCAUCACGCCACGCCCUGGUGGCGCUGGCACCAGCACAUCCCGGUCCCUCUUGCCUUGCGUCGAGCCCCCGUUCGAAGCCCGCCAGGGGAAUGGCCACGGAACAAAGCACAAACCUCCGCAUUCUCAUGCUGCCACAAGCCUUCGAGACCGGAGUCCCGGUGUUUUGUUCCUUCCGAACCCCCAACAAGGGGAACCCAAGUCUGCACUUUGCAGCACUGCCGACUUUCCACGAUAGAGAUUCCCGCGCGAGCCGAUCGGCCGUCGUUUAA